UGUGGAGCUCAAAGUGUGGAGACGCCAGAAGCCACCCUAGAACGAGAGAAGCAUGAAGACGAGUUUGCUGCCAAUUAUUUUGAUUCUGAGCCUGGUUGCCGUUUUCGCCGAAGGUGAUGAUGGCUACUUGUACGGAAAACCCACUGGAGACCUGUUCUCGGAAUCCCUCCCAGCAGUGCCCAGGGUUAGGAAGAACCGCUUGAAGCCGAUGAUCUACCCGGCACCUCUAUCACAGAAUUGUGGCAGCAACGACCCCGAAGUUCACGCAGCAGCUGUGGCAGCUUACCAUGCUGCUCGCCCGCCCCCGCGCCGUGCUUACAAUCACCAGGAACUUGUAGUGGACAGCUCCUUCUUCGAGCCCUCACAGGAAGCAAUAGACGAACUCCGCAGAGUUCUGUUAGAUCAGGAAUAA